AUGGCCAACCACGCAGCUGCCGCUCUCCUGAUGGCGUCACUUCUCGUAGCGGUGACCCUCGCCGAUGCCAGGAUCACCUUGCAGGUGCAGGGUGGCAGCAUGAAGGAAGGUAACGUGGCGAUGACGUUCGUGAAGACGGUGCCGGCGUUGACAUGCACCAAGGUGCGCGGGUUCCAGGCGGGCGAUACCUGCUUCGACGUCGCGGUGGGUGCCGGCUUGACCCAGGCUCAGUUUCUCAGCUUCAACCCAAACCUCAACUGCCUCAAGGUUUUCGUUGGCCAGUGGGUCUGCCUCCACGCCUCCUCUGCCUGA